GAACCGUAAAAUUGAGACGCCUCAGCAGCCAAUCAGGGAGCUCCUCUGUCUCACGGUCGUCAAGGGCAACGUUAAAGCGGCAGCUCAGGCUGAAUGUUAAUCAGAAAGAUUAAAUAAACGCAGAUUUACGGUCUUAUUAUUUAUUUAUUGUACAUUUUGACCCUCUGAUAUGUUUUUACUCAUAUUUGUCAGACGCGUCGCUUUUUACGUCCUUGCGUUGCGCAUGCGCACCGAGUCCCAUCCACAGAGCGGUUUACGGCAGCCGGAUCUUGGAGCGGAAGCCGUCAGAGGGCUGCUGGCCCUUUAAGGAUGAUGCAGCGGGACCAGCCGAUGUAGGACGAGCUGACCGUCGGUGCGCCUGCCGCCGCCGCUGCGCAUCAUGGCCUCCGCACCGCCGAGGACCACCCGACCACCCCGCGGCCCUGCCCUUCCCGCAGCGGAGACGGACGUCAAGCCGAAGCAGCGGCACCGGUAGAGCCGCGCCGCGCCGCUCCGCCCCCUCCGCCCCGGUCUCCUCCAUGCCUCCGUCCAAAGCCAAGUUCAGCGAUCCGAUCAAGAGGCCUGCGAGCCCGGGCGACGGCGGCGGCGGCGGAACCAUGAGCCGGGACUAUUCCGUGAACCUGUCGGUGCAGCAGGUGCUGAGCCUCUGGGUCCACGGCGCCACCCUGAAGGACUUCACAGAGAUGUGGUACUGGGUCUUCCUGUGGUGUCUGUUCUCCUCGCUGUUCCUCCACGGCGCCGGCGGUCUGCUCAUGUUGGUCAUGCUGCAGCGCCACAGGUGGGGCCGCCUCAUCACGGUGGUUCUGGUCAGCGUCGGCUUCCUGGCCUCCCUCUCUGGAGCCGUCAUCACAAGCGCGGCGGUGGCCGGUGUGUACCGCGUGGCGGGGAAGGGCAUGGCGCCGCUGGAGGCUCUGGUGUUCGGCGCGGGCCAGACCUCGCUCUCCAUCAUCAUCUCCUUCUCCCGCAUCCUGGCCACGCUGUGAGGUCGAGGGGCGGAGCCCGGCGCCGACCCGAGGGCGAGGAGGAGCGCUCACGCUGGCCGCAGCACAAGGCGCCCCCGCUGGCUCUGGAGUGUUACUGCAGCCAUCCCUGGACCAGAUGGAGACUCAUCAGGGAGCUGUGGUUCUGAGGUUCUGGUACCAAAAUCCAGCUGCUGCUGCUGAUGAUGAUGAUGAUGACUCAAACCUCCAGAUCAGAAGAAGAGGAAGAAAAAGCUUCAGCACUUUUAUGUUAAGUGAGGAGGAGCAGAAACCAGCAAACACUGGACCAGACUGAAGGUUCAUCAGCAGGAGUUCCUUCUUCUGGUCCCAGUUCUGGUCCCAGUUCUGGUCCCAGUUCUGGUCCCAGUUCUGGUUCCAGUUCUGGUCCCAGUUCUGGUUCCAGUUCUGGUCCCAGUUCUGGUCCCAGUUCUGGUCCCAGUUCUGGUUCCAGUUCAUGGAGAUGUGGGCGGAGAUUCCUGGAGUUCAAGGACCACAGCGACCAAUCAGAAACGCAUCCUGAUAUGAUGCAACAUGACCCGAGUCAUUGACGCGCCAGGAUGUCGGCCAUGUUGUGAGGGGCAAGUCUGGUGUGAAAGCUGAGAUGAAACAAAACAAAAAAUGAUGAAUAAAAACAGAAAAUAAAAAAAAUCUAGACUUAAAAACGUCUGAAGAACAGAAAACCAGCAGCUGCGUUUCAUAAAGUCUGUUGUUUUCCUGAAAGUAUUUAAAUGCUAAAUUUGUUUUAACAGUCUAUAAUUUAUUAAUAAUAUUUAAUAGACAAUAAUUUUAUAGUCUUUUUAUUAGAUGUUAAAUUAUGAAUAGUUUAAUUUAUUAUUAAUAAUUUUAAAUGCAAUUGAUUAAUAGUAUAUAUAAAUAAUUACAUUGACUUAUUAAAUUACUGUUGAAUUAAUUUCUCAGAAAUUAAUUAUAUUUUAUGGAUAAAUUAAUAAACUAGUUGUUCAACUUGUUAAAUAGAUAAUAAAAUAUCAACAAAUAUUCAAUAAAUUGAUGUAAUUAUUAAUAUAAAUCUGUAAUUAUCCAAAUAAUCCAAACGGUUUUCGGGUUUUGCACGUCGACGCUACAAGUUUUUCAAAACUUUUUAAUGUUUGUUUUUAAUCUUCAAACUGUUUUAUUUAUUAUUCAUUUGAACUGCAGAUGACUUAUCACUGAAUACAGAAGGAAAAAUGUUAUUAAUUAUUAAUCUUUGCAGAUUUUUACUGGUGUAAUGUGAAACUGAUGAGCUGCUGUACGCCCCUCACAAUAUGGCGGCGCGUCACAUGACCAGAAGCAUCUUCAACAUUAAAGCCAUUUAAGCAAACAGCGCCCCCUGGAGGAAGCAGGACCCGCAGCACGCCCAGCAGCCGCAGAUCAAAUCAAGUCUUUGCCAACUGAACUUGUUCAGUUUAAACGUAAAAUCAGAUUCCAGUUAGUGAAGGAGUUCCUCAGAGCUCAGCGCUCGGCCCACAACCGGUCAGCCCACAACCAGUUCUGAUUCGUGACGUUAUUGGACAGUAUUAGGAAACAGAAGUUUGAAAUCUGAAUGAUCUCCAAGCGAAAAAGUUUUCACACCCAUUUGUCCCAUUCUGAGCACAAACUUUGAUCAGUUCACUGGUUUUAUUUGAUAAACCUCCACAAAACGAAAACUAGACGGAAAGUCUUAGUUUUUAUAGUGUUUUAAUGAAUGUAAAAAUCUAAAAAGUGCGGCAUGUUUUCUCUGUUUGGGUCUUCUGUAGGUUUUGUUCCAGAAUCAUUCUGGGUUCUCCAUCCAGCCUCCUCGUCCCACAGCAUGAUGCUGCCAGCGCCGUUUCUCACUACAGUCUAUAAUCACAAUUAAUAAACAUUAAUUAGUUUUUGUGAAGCAGAUUCUCCUGCCUGACCUGGACUGCUGUUAUUUAGGGGCAUCAGAGUAAAGGGGGAUGGACACAGGCUGAUAAAAUCCUGUGAAGUUUUAUAGUUUCCAGCAGGAAGUUUAAGGAGCUGUUGCUGUGGAAAUGUGCGAAAGAAUCCCAGAUUUUCCAGACAUCCGAUUGUUGGGGUCACCCAGGCUUCCUGAACACGGUUCUGUUUCGCCGGGCCGGGCCGGUUCUGGAUCAGAGACGUCCCGUUCGGGUCUCUGAACCAGAACUUGGAAGCGGCUCUCCUUGGCUCCUGGACACGUUUCCUUCUGCGACUCGGUUUGUAAACCUUUACGUUCGGCCUGCCCCGUUCCGGGCCGCUCUUCAGGUUACACCAGGGGUCAAAGGUCACAAUGCCAAAGCUUUAUUCAUCCCGUUUCAUCUGGACUCUGCAGGCAGUUCUGAGUUUAAUCUGAGGAGGUUCUGCUGGCUCUGCGUAACGGACCGGCAGUACCGGCUCUGAGCACCAGAGGACAGCGUUGCGCCAUCAUGCAGCAGCCAGUGCUGCAGCAUUCUGACCAGAACUCUCUGAGGACGUUCUGAACGAUGCUGCCGGUUCUGGCGACCUCUGCAGCAUGACCAUGACUGAGGCAUGGCCGGGGGUCAAAGGUCACCUGCAGCAGGACAUCUGUCAGACGGACAGACAACCAGAGAUGAGCCAGCCGUGUUCAUACUGUAAAAUAUUCCCUUUUUUAAUUUUAUACCAGCCAGACCUCUGAUAUUUAUAACUACUGCCUAUUUAUGUACAAACUGAUCUGUACUGUAAAAACUCUCCAGUCGUUGAAAUAAAAACCUUUUGCAAUAUGAAAGCUG